CAAACUUAAACUCGCGCGCGACGGUCGGUAGAGCGGCAUACGAUAGCAUACUAAAUACCAUAUAGUAGCGCAUUCUGGCAGAUCGGGUUCGUGCAGCGAUCAGCCUUCAGUGCCGUGCCUCCUUCCUACGACUCGGACAAUCGAUCGGAUCGGUGUUCCUGGCUCCAUUUGUCGGCUCGGGUCUUUAAUUGCGUCACUAAUGAGCUGCAUUUAUGUUAAUCUCCGCACACGGGACGUCUAAGCAUUUCAAGCGACACUCAGCGAUCCAAAGAUCCAACGAUCCAGCCAUCCCGGGACUCUCCAGCUUUCGGCACUUCUUCUCUUCUUUUCCUUUUGUAUUUUUGGUAGUUUUCACCUGCUGAGCCGUUUAUGGUUAUUGCCGCAAUUCCGUUGUGACAGUCGGAGGCGCUUUAUCAUAAAUUAAAAAAUCGUGUAGUCGGACAGAGCUGGACCCCCGCUCGGUCCCCGCGGCCCAACUGAUGGAUGAUGGUGCCGCCGCUGAUGCCAGUUUCGGCUGUGAGUUAUGGCCGGGCCAAGGCGGAGAUUUGCAUGAAUGAAACGCACGCGCUGAUAAACGAGCUGCUGGCCACAACAGCACCAUCCGUGCCAGCACCAGCCCCACUUCCAGCCUCAGCCUCAGUCCCAUCAUCAUCUCGAAAACUGUUUUGUGAUCCGAUCUUGGUGCUCUCGCGAUGACUUAAUUGAAACGCCGCUGGCAGAAGCAGAAGGUGUUAAUUAGCAUAUGAACAACUGGACAGAAAAAAAAGCUUGCCGCGUUGUGUAUUUUGUGUGUUCGGUUUUUGGAUUUCGGUUCUCGGUUUUCGAUUUUUGGCCGUCGUCGGUUUGCGAUUCGGUAUUGGUCACUACCGCCUGGCUGGUCCUAUUCGUACAAGUGUGUAUUUGUGUGUUUUAUUGACUGCUGCCGUCUGCGUUUUCGGAUCAUUAAUAACAACAACCAGACAUUGAGGCAUUAGCUUACAUCCAAUAGAAGUUCUGUAUCGGCUCGGUUCGGUUUCCUAUGGCAGUGGUUUACGAGUAAAACGGAGCUAUAGGAACGGGUCGUAUCGCUGGAAUAACAGCAGCAUCAGCGAAAGGAAUACUCCAGGCCCGAGAUUGGAAUGGGAAUGGAAAUCGAGACUCUCAGUGCGAAUGGGAUAUGAUGAUAGUGGAGGCAACUGUUGCGCCUGUAUUCGUGUUGUGUGCCGCCACGGAUCUGCAUCGUCAUGUGGAAAACACAUAACAAGCUCUUAAUCUACAUACUCUGGAUUAUGGAAAUAAGAUUAGUGUCCAGCUUUACAUCCGCCAUGCUCUGCGGCCGCAUUCCGGGCCUGACCUUGCCCCAGCGCCAGCUGUGCGGAGAGAUGCCGGACGCCCUGAUCGCCCUGGGCGAGGGCCAUCAGCUGGGUGCACAGGAGUGCCAGCAGCAGUUUCGGGGCCACCGCUGGAACUGCUCAGAGGUGUGGCAGCGUAAUGUCUUUGCCCAUGUCAUACCCAUUGCUUCACGGGAGGCUGCGUAUACGUAUGCCAUAGCUAGUGCUGGAGCUGCCUAUGCAGUGACUGCUGCAUGUGCGCGCGGCAACAUCUCCACCUGCGGAUGCGAUGUGCGCCAUAAGGCUGGCCCCUCCACGGAUGGCACUCCAGCCGAGGCCUGGAAAUGGGGCGGCUGUUCUGCGGAUGUGGACUUUGGCAUGAGAUACACCCGCAAGUUCCUCGAUGCGCGGGAGCUCGAGCACGACGCCCGCACGCUGAUGAAUCUCCACAACAAUCGAGCCGGGCGAACGCUGGUAAAGAAAAUGCUUCGCACGGACUGCAAGUGCCAUGGCGUGAGCGGCUCCUGUGUGAUGAAGACCUGCUGGAAGAGCCUGCCACCGUUCCGUCUGAUCGGCGACAAGCUCAUGCAGAAGUAUCAUAAAGCCAAAACUGUUCAAGCCGUUCGAGGCAAACGUGGACUGAGAUUAGUAAUAAGCAGAAGGAAACAUGGAAGUGCCCGCCCCGCUAAGCCUGCUUUGGUGUGGCCAAAGCGCAUGGAGCUGAUCUACCUGGAGGCGUCGCCGAACUACUGCGAGCGCAGCCUUCAGACGGGCACCCUUGGCACGGUGGGUCGUCUCUGCCAGCGGAAUGGACACGGAUCCCAGAGCUGUGACCUGUUGUGCUGUGGGCGUGGCCACAACACGCAGCACAUCCGACGCAGCAAGCAGUGCCGCUGCCAGUUCCGAUGGUGUUGCCAGGUGGAGUGCGAGCUGUGCGACGAAAGCUACGAGGAGUUCACCUGUAAAUAGCACGGACCUACCAGGAGACACUCAAUGUUGAUAGCACUAGGAUUAUGUCAUAACUAAAGCGUUAAUUAAGUAUUAUCCGAAAUGUAUUACACUCACACCCACACAGGAGAAGACACA